GGGCGAUAACUCCAAGGACACUGGACUUCGCACUGUCUGAUAUUGUGUGGUGUGUCGCAUAGGUUUGUCACUCGUGUUUUCUUGGUUGUGACUUUGCUUGAACGAUGGACGAGAAGACGCUGACGAAUUAUGGAUACAAAUUCAGACCAGACCUCCUCAGUGGAAAGGUCGCAUUCGUGACUGGUGGGGGAUCAGGGAUAUGUUUUACAAUUGCUGAAGUAUUGAUGAGACAUAAAUGCAAAGUUGCCAUAGCAAGCCGAAACUUCGAGAAGCUGAAGAUUGCCGCUGAGAAACUGGUUGCGGCGACCGGCGGCGAAUGUCUUCCUAUUCAGAUGGAUGUGCGCAAACCCCAGGACGUGCUGAGAGGAGUAGAUGAAUGCCUCAGUCAUUACAACCGCAUAGAUUAUCUCAUAAAUGGAGCAGCCGGCAACUUCCUCUGUCCAGCCGUCUCCUUGUCAUUCAACGCCUUCAAGACGGUAAUGGAGAUAGACACCAUGGGCACAUUCAAUGUCAGCAAGACUGUCUAUGAAAAAUAUUUGCGGGACCACGGAGGCGUCAUUAUCAACAUCACAGCAACGCUCCAAUUGAAUGGCAUGGCAUUACAAGCCCAUGCUGGCGCAGCCAAGGCAGCCAUAGAUGCCCUGACACGUCAUCUGGCAGUGGAGUGGGGGCCUAAUCAAGUCAGGGUUGUUGGUCUUGCUCCUGGGCCUAUCAAGGGAACAGUAGGCUUCGACAAGCUGGGUGGCAACCAAAUGAAGGACCACGAGAGGAUCAUCCCCAUUGGAAGGUGUGGCGAGAAGGUAGAGAUCGCGGACAGUGUCCUCUUCCUUGUCUCGGAUGCCGCCUCGCUCAUCACCGGUGAGACCAUCAUUGCAGACGGAGGUUCCUGGCUUUCUGCCCCAAAUAGUAUGGCUCUUAUGAUGGACAGAUUGGGUGGAGGGAGGAAUUCAUUGAAAAAGAGCAAAUUAUGAACUUUGAAAUGACGACGACCUGACUGAUCUUUGGGCAGGAGCAAUGAAAAUGGCUAGUAGAAACUCCAGAUUGUCUGAUGACUAAUUUAGUUCGUCAUGUCUGGCCUUUUAUGAUUGAAACAGACUCCUUUUGUUCAAUCAUGACUUUGUUCAGCGAAAGGUCUUCAAUCAGAUACCUGAGAGCACCUGAAGUAUAGUUCCGGACGCUCACUGGUCACGUAGGGGACGUGGGGGACGUGCCGUUCAUAUUGAUAUCAAGAUCCACGAGGUGUUUCAUUAAUCGGCCAAUGGCAUGUUAAGUGAUUGUUGAAUAU